AUUAGGGUUCAACACUCCUCCGCAUUCAUCCCCCAUCUUCUCUUCAUCUCAUCUUCAUUCCAAACUCCACACACAUCCAUGGCGGCGAAGGGUUGGGGCAAGUCGAAGGUCACGCGGGAGUCUCUCCUCCCGUACGUCGCCUCCGGGGUCAUCCCGGAGUUUAACCAAGAGCGAUGGCGGGUUCCGCCGGCGAACGAGACGGAGCCCCUCCCACGGUCCGGGGAGUUCGUGAUCUUCAUGAGCUUCCUCGAUCGCGGGUUCGCUCUCCCCACCUCCGAUUUCCUCCGGCAGUUGCUGGCCUUCUACAGCAUCAAGGUUUCCGACCUCGGGCCGCACAGCGUCCAGCAGAUUUCUCUGUUCGUGGCGCUGUGCGAAUGCUACUUGGGCUGUCCGCCCUACUUCCCGCUGUGGGUGUCCAUCUUCCAUGGGCGGGCGACUCGGGCCAGCAAGAACAGCGAAGCACUCAUCCCAAACGGGGGGAUCACCUUCCAGGUGAAGUCCGGGGAAAGCUUCAUCGACAUGGCGCUCCCCAAGAAGGCGCAGUCGCUGUGGCGUCGUUUCUGGUUCUACGCCAAGGAGUACACUCCCCCGGGCGAGGUAUGCAUUCCCCAAUACAGUCCCGAGCCGAGCGUCCCGCGGCGCCUCAAUGUCCGGUCGCUGCCGCGCGAGCAGGAGAAGGUGGUGAAGGAUAUGCGCCAAGCGAUCCAGGCGCUAAAAGAUGACGGCCUGACGGCGGUCGACAUGUACAACUGUUGGCUUGGCCGGCGGCUGAUCCCCCUGCGGUGCCGAGCUCACCCCAUGUGGGAGUACCGGGGACAGAAUGACCGCACCCGGUCGACGGCGACCGAGUGGGACGAGGGCGAGUACCGGAAGGCGCUUGCCAAGAUCACUACUGCCACCUUCACUUCCUUCGAAGACGGCUUGCAGCCCUACACCGAAGACACCCCAGCGCCUCAGCGUUGGCAGAAGAUCGCGGACCACCUCCCUCCUCUCGCCGGGAAGGAACCACCGGAGAUGACCGAGGGCGAGGAGGAAGAGGUCGACGAGGAGGAGGAGCGCACCGAGUCGGAGUCGGAGGCGCGGGACUUCAUCAGACUCCCGCGCGGGUCGAAGAGGGGUGCCGAGUCCUCGUCCCAGGGCGCGGCCGAAGAGGGGAGGCGACCUCUCGCCCGGAGGACAAGGCGGAGCCCUCCAAGGAAGGGGCUGAGCCGCUAUCGAAGCGACUGCGCCCCACUCUCCUGGAAGGGUCCAUGA